UUCUUCACCUUUCGAUCUUUUGGCACGUCUUAGCCUAACCAAAAUUCCCGUCUUCUGUUCUAACAGAUCAUAUAUUUACCUUUUUUUUUUUUACCUUUCAAUGUGACCCGAAGCAGCGCGUGACCAGCGUAUGACGCAAAAUUUUCAACCAAGUCAAGGAUCUCCGGUUGAUUCGCAGCAGAUCGUUUUUAACUCGCGCAUGAAAAGUACAAGCUUUAUCCGUGACUCUUUUGUAAUCUGUAAUCUGUAAUCUGUUUUUCCCUUCCCGAUUGUGCUCCGUGUGAGAUUCCUCGUGUCAUCGCCGUGUCGACAGCUCUUUCAGUCGCAAUCAUGCCCAGAUGCCAGAGAGACGAUACAUCUGUGAAGAAGGCCGAAGGUAGAGUUCACUGGAAACGUUACGGUAACACGUACAGAGAUGAACGAAAACGCUGCGUGCCGACGGUUUUAACCAGCCUGACGGGUGAAACGUUUGUCGCUCGUUACGACGAACUGGAAGAGCUCAGCACGCGGCUCGCGACUAAUCUCAGGAUCUCCCGGAGCCUUGAGUUCAAAAGGCGACUGAAUACAACAUGGAACGGGAUGGUAGUAGGUAAAAUUGAGGAACAAGAAGCCGUGUCGAGUCUCACUGAUACCGUGCAAGAUGAUACGACGCUUCCCACGCAGCUUGCAAGCGUGCUUCAGGUUUCCCAGAGUUGCAGUUUGAAAGAGAAGCACAGUGCUUCACAGAAAUGUAAAAAUUCUGUGAAAGAGGAAAAGAAAGGCGAUGGAAUCACAACAGUGUCGGCCAAUGUCAAAUGCAGGACUGAGAAUUCAGUUAUGAAUCAGGCCGAUACUCAUGCGCACAAGAGAAGAAACCCAAGAAAAAAAGCAAAAAAUAAAACAGAAACAGAGAACAGAUCAAGUAUAGGAAAUAUAUCGAAAGAAAUCUGUAGCACAGAAAUAAUAAAUACUAGUGGAAAUAACAAGAUAAUGGAAAAACCAAGAAGGAAACUAUUUUCAGAUUAUAUACCUGUAUCAAAAAUGAAGAAAAUUUUAAAAAAACCAUCAGCCAAUGUACAAUAUGUAAAGGGGCACAUCCGUGUGAAUCCUUUUUGUAAAUACUCCUAUUUACGUAUGGAUAAUGAAGAACGUGACCUGCUGAUCAUUGGUAUACCAAAUAGAAAUCGUGCUUUUGAUGGAGAUCUAGUUGUGGCAUGUGUAAACCCUGAAAAACUUUGGCACAGGUGUGCCGAUGGAGAAAUACAGAAGACUGGUAGAGUUGUUUGUAUAUUAGAAAAGGUGCAUUCAAGAAAAGCGGUCGGAUAUUUAAAAAAACAAAAUUCGCUCUUUGUAUUUUUUCCAAGAGAUCAGAGAAUACCCCUGGUUGACAUACUUCCUGAAUCAGUGCCAUCUUUAUAUCAAGAACAACCAGAACUUUACAAGAAUAUAAUGUUUCGUGUUCAGAUUGAUUUCUGGGAACAACUACAUGCAUUUGGGCGAAUUAUUUUGGUAGUAGGUAAAGUUGGUGAAAUAGAUACAGAAUUAAAAGCAAUAAUAUUUGAAAAUAAUUUAGAUAUAUCUCCAUAUCAUGAGAAACUGUUGGAAGGGCUUCCAAAUAGUGAUUACAUUCUAACAGAGGCUGACAUGAAAAAUAGAGAGGACUGGAGACGCGAAUGUAUUUUUACGAUAGAUCCUCCCUCAGCUGUGGAUAUAGAUGACGCUGUUUCCUGUAAAGUCUUGGAUAAUGGGAACUAUGAAAUUGCUGUACAUAUAUCGGACGUCACACACUUCUUAGAAUUUUUCUCUCCAUUAGAUAAAGAAGUUCUCAAACGAGCCACUACCGUUUAUUUGCCACACAUGACUUCUCACAUGCUACCGGAGGACCUGUGUAAAAUUUGUUCUUUACUACCUGGUAAAGAUAGAUUAGCCUUUUCCGUAAUCUGGGAGAUAACGUCAAAUGCCGAAAUUGUGAAGUAUCGUUUCGCGAAGACUGUAAUAAGAUCGUGCUGUCAAAUGUCCUAUGACGCGGCUCAAGCCAUAAUCAACAAUCCAGAGAAGUCCUGGCCUGAAGAUUUUCUCGAUAUAAAAGGAGACUACACGACAUCGUUAUUAUCCGAUAUAGUGAACAAAUUAUUUAAAUUGUCCACUCAGUUGCAAAAAAAACGAUUUGCGCAUGGUGCACUUAGAUUAGAUCAACCGAAAUUACAAAUAUGUUUAGAUCGCACGAUUAGUCAAGAACAUGGAAUUCCAAUACCCGUAAACUAUUAUGUGCACGAAAGAAAUGAUAGUAACAGUCUUAUAGAAGAAUUAAUGCUAUUGGCAAAUAUGACAGUUGCCACGCAAUUGUUCAUUACAAUUCCUAAAACGGCUUUAUUACGUAUUCAUAAAGAGCCAUCCAAGCACUGUAUCAAUACAGUCCAUAAUAUGCUGCAAAUGUAUGGAAUUCACUUGAAUAUAGAAACAGCCGGAGCCUUACAAGCCAGUAUUAAUCGCUAUGAGUCAGAAAAUGGUUUCAUUACAGACAAUUCCAUGAAAUAUAUCAUGGCAGUUAUCAUAAAUCUGUGUUCAAAGUCUAUGACGCGUGCAGAAUAUAUAUGUGCAUCCACCAUUUCGCCUCAUGAUUUAAAACAUUAUGCAUUAAGUGUACCUCUUUAUACGCACUUUACCUCUCCUAUUCGAAGAUACUCAGAUUGUAUAGUUCACCGUUUACUCAGCGCAACGCUUGAAAACAAACCUUUACCAGAAAAAUGGACGGUUAAUUUGUGUUCCAAGAUUGCAACCAAUUGCAAUGUGAAGAAAUAUAGUGCGAAACUAGCUCAAGAACAGAGCACGGAGGUGUUCUUCGCGUACAUGGUAGGUCUCGCAGGUGGCUUUGAAGCGGUAGCUACUGUAAUGUACGUGAAGGAAGAUAGUGUAGAGAUUAUUCUCUGUGAUAUUGGAAUAAAGCUGAAACUAACUCUUAAAGACAUAGAAAACGUUGCUGCAACAAAAUAUUCCGCAGAUCAUGUACCAACUGUAACUGUUAUUUGGAAGGAGCCUCCUAUUGUACAGACAAUCAAUUUGUUUAGCAUGGUGCGUGUACAUAUAAACAAAAUUAGUGAAGAAUUGCGUCUGAAGGCAACUCUUUUACCACCGUUGCAACAAUAGAGAAUUAGAUCAUUUCUAAUUAAUUCUCGUAAUUAACUAUGUAUACGAUUUGAUAAAAUCAUUAUAAUGUAUGACGAAUUGUCCAAUGAUAUUUAAAAAAUUUAUAUAGAAUAUUCAUGUAUUUUUAUACAUGAAAAAUCAUGAAAAUUUGAAGGAUUACAAAUUAUAAUUAGUGAAAAUAUAGAAGACACAUCGUGACGAUCAUCGCUGCACUAGAAUUUAAUAAAAGUAAUUUUAACGUUUUAAUCAUUAAAAGUAAAUAUGCUGCAUGAUGAAUAUUAUUAAAUGCUUUAUAUACUCUAUUAUUAUUAUUAUUAUUAUCACUAUUAAAAAUUGUACAUAAUUAUUAUUAAUAUUAAUUAUUAAUAAUGAUUACGUAUAGUAGUUAUCAUUAGUAAUAAUAAUAAUUAUCAUUAUUAUAUAUAGGAUGCAGUGAUGGAGCUUAGGAAAUUAAAUCUGUACAUACAUAAUCAAAUUUUAGAGACAAAUUUAGACCAGAUAUUGCUUGAAAUUUCACAAAACGUAAUUCUCUAAAAUAAUGACAAUAAACUAUUUUUUUAUAUUGCUUUUACGUUUUUGAUGUCUGAUUAUAAAACAUCAAAAGUUUAUUAAGUGAUUACUAAUUGUAUAUUUUAAAUGAUUUUUAAAUGUAUAUUUUUAAUAAAUAAUGCAAACUUGUAUUGCAAAUAAUAUAUAAGAAUGAUUUGUAAAAAGAAUAUACAUUUUUAUACUAACGCGCAUCAUACUUUUUUAUAAACAAAUAUUAAAAUAUAUAAAUAUGUACUAUGUAUUACAGACAAUAUAUCCAUUUUGUUAUAAAAUAUUGAUUUAUUGUAAAUAUGUUUUAUAUAUACAUGCACAUACCGUAUCAUCGGGUAUCUACAUGUGAUUUGCGCAUAAAUAUUAGAAAUAAUCAAUGCUCAUAAA